AUGUACGAGGUGUAAUACCGCCCAGGCCCUGGCGCGACGAGUCCUGCAUGCCCGGCCCAGCCCGGGGGACAAGGGCCCAUCUCGUUGACGUUUGGCGCGGUGAGCACUUCGUUGAGAACGCAGCAGGCGAGCCCGUCGGGCAACACACCGUUUGUGAAUGUGUGUUGUUUGGAUGUGACCAGCGUUUAUUCCUUUUUCCCGCCCAUCAUGCAGGGCUUAAUGUGUUGUACAAAUAAAAAGCGGGUCGGGCGAUGGUGGAGAAGGAUGAGAAGAAGGGGGGCAGAGGGAGAAGAGGAUGCACGAGGAGGCCUAAAAGAAUGUAUACUCCAGAUUGCGAAGAGAGUAUGAUUUUGGCGGUAAUUUUUUAAGGAUUGGCUGUUGAAGGUUUUUAUUAAGGCUUUAUUUACGAGCUGGGUUCCGGCCUGGCCCCCAUACCCGUCUCCUGGAUCCGCAUUAUUUGAUGAAGAUUGACGAAGAUUGGCGUGCGAUUGCCACGGUGCGUGUUCAUACCGGGUUGGCCGAGUUGAGGUUGGGGGACCACCUUCGGAGCUGCAGCUGAAGGAGGUGCCUCGCGUCGCAGCGCGCAACGUGUGUGUCUGUGUCAAGCCCUGCUGCUGCUGGCGGCCACACACAUCACGGUGACGCACUGUUGGGCGGUUAUCAAGAUGAGUCAGCUGAGUGGGUCUGGACGUAUACCACCGUGUACCGGGCCGGGGAAGGGAAGGGUCAGCCUUGCCCGUCGCGCGGAGAUAACCGGGGGCAGCCGUCAGCCCCCCUCCCCCAAUCCACCCGCCACUAAUCACUCGGCCGGAGAUGAGCAGAUCGCCCCACACUAUAGAGACUCCACUCGCCUCUCGCCUCUGCUCGAUGAGAUGCACUUCGCCCGACGACUCCGCCACACGACGACGCGUACGUCGUACGCGCUUUGCGCUUUGUCGGGGCGGCCGUGGGCCGUGUGGGCCGCGGCUCUCGGGGGACCCUCGCUGUUCUGCCGCCACGCAAGCUGCCUCACUUCAAUCCACGUUAACAAGCGCCGGACCGUCGCGUCUUUUUUUAGACUCUCGUUAUUCUCGCGAGGCCCCGCCGGCCCAGAGUCGUUCACCCACCUCCGGACCUCCGGAAUGCGAGCGGCGCGUCCACUGAGUCACAUGGGGCCCCCGCCGGCAGGCGGUCGCGUCGGUGGCGCCAGAAGACCCAAAUCGCUACGGCUGCGAAGGACAAAAAAAAAAAAAGAAAAAGAGUUUGGGCCCUGUUGAGGGCGGGCGUGCCGGGGUCGCCUAUCUGAUCGGCAAUCACCAAUUUCCCAGGUUUUAGGAAAACAUUAUGUUUUUCUGUACGGUCGCCGAGCACACAGGCUGAAACUUCGGAUGGGCAAGAAAAGACUUAAUGCAAAAAAAGUACCUCGCACACCCAAGUGUGUCCCCUUUUCAUCUAGCGCUGUUGCAGAUCUGGGGCUGGCAUUUUGAACUGAACCAGAGCGCCUGUCAGGUCGGAGGUAGGCCAGCAUCUCCGCACCUGUGCGUGCUAUUGUGUCCGUGGCCUACCUGCCAGGCUGCUCGCCGCGCCGACCGCGCUUUGGCGGGCUCCAGCCUAUCUAUGCCACUACUUACUUAUUCUCUAGUGUGGGUGGAGUCACUCAACACUUCCCAUCUCAUUUGACCACACAUCUCUGUGGGCGCACUGUUUCUGUGUUCGUCAUUUCUAAACACACUUUCAUCUGAAGAGGUGCUCAGGGGACCAUGGGAAGGUAUGCUCGUCGCUUAUCGCGCCGUUGUAAUGUUGUGUCUGGCGCCCCAUGGCCGUGCGCAGCCCCAGCUGGUUGCGCUGCACGGCUACCCCUCCGAGAGCCACGUGGUGCGCACGGAGGACGGCUACCUGCUCACCCUGCACCGGAUCCCCGGGGGGCGCGACCACCGCGGGCCCUCGGGCGGCGCCGCCGCCCGGCCCGUCGUGUUCCUGCAGCACGGCCUGCUCGCCAGCUCGGCCGACUGGGUGCUCACCGGCCCGGGGAAGUCCCUCGCCUACAUCCUCGCCGACAGCGGCUACGACGUGUGGAUGGGUAACGCGCGCGGAAACACCUACUCCCGCGCGCACGUGACGCUGUCGACCAAGGACUCGGCCUUUUGGAACUUCAGUUGGCACGAGAUUGGCUACUACGACCUGCCCGCGGCCAUCGACCACGUGCUGCAGGUGACAGGGCAGAAGAGCCUCUUCUACAUCGGCCACUCCAUGGGCACGACCACGUUCUACGUCAUGCUGUCGACGCGACCCGAGUACAACGACCGGGUGAUGGCGGGCGUGCUGCUCGCGCCCGUCGUGUACCUCGGGAGCUGCCGCUCGCCCAUCCGCUACCUCGCGCCCUACGCCGACGACUACCAGUACCUCGCCCACCUCUUCGGCGCCGACGAGUUCCUGCCGCAGAACGCGGCCCUCCAGUUCUUCGCCAAGUACGGCUGCGAGCUGGCCAUGUUCGAGCUCAAGCUGUGCGAGAACUCCAUCUUUGUCAUCUGCGGCUUCGACAAGGACCAGUUCAACUCGAGCAUGCUCCCCGCCGUGCUGAGCCACACCCCGGCCGGGACGUCGACCAAGACCGUCACACACUUCGCGCAGUCCAUCCUCACUGGCAAGUUCAAGCCGUUCGGGGCCUCCUCCGAAACACCCGAGUACGAUCUGAGCAAGGUGACGGUGCCGACUGCCGCCUUCUACGCCGACAACGACCUGCUGUCCGACCCAAGGGACGUGCAGCAGCUCUUCCAGAAGGUGUCUAUGAAGCUGGGCAAGUUUAGGGUGGCCCUGCCGUCGUUCAAUCACCUGGACUUCCUGUGGGGGAAGAACGCCAAGAAGCUCGUGUUUGACGACGUGCUGGCCGUGCUGGCUCGCUUCGGCGCCGAAACGAUGCGCAACCGGUCCUUCGCGGUCCUCAACUACUACCGGACGCUGCUGCAGCAGUCGGGCCGCAACUACGUUUACGGACACGUUCCCUUUCCGGGACCGACGGCGGAAGACGCGGAACAGGAGGAGUCCAGCGAAUUCCCAACAGACCCCUGAGGGCACUUUCGUUAGAACUUUAUGGACCCUGAAAAGAAAAUGAGUGAUGCGGUCAGUUUAGUGUUGAGAGUGUACAUUCAGGUGAUUUUUUGUACAAAGAAAGUUAAGAGCCUACAGACAGUAGAUUUAUAUCAACAAUGUAACAAUCAAAACCAAUUUAAUAGGUUCUCAGAUAAAAUUCAAAUGGACAAACACAAUGAAAAAUACAAUAGAUAAGAUUUCCACGACUAGGAAAAUUGGUUUCACUAACUCUGCAAAAUUAUUAGGACUUAUACAAAACAGGGUUUAAAUAUGGAACAUGCAAAGUCCCAUUCAAGUUAUAAAUAAUUUAAUUUUUCAGAAUAAAUUUUCACCUUAAGUGGUUGCAAUGGA